AUGGCAAAUCAACCAAAUAUACCUCUUGAUGAUUAUUAUUUAGUAUUUCUGAAUAAGGUGCCAAAUUUACUUGAUGAAAGUAUGGACAGUUCAUCGUAUGAAGGUUCAUUAGGUGAAAUGUUUAGUAUUCAUACUUAUAUUGCCUUUACAAUGAAUAAAAUUAUUCAUCAUUCACAACAAAAUUCAGAAGUAGUUUAUCAACGUGAAAUGAAACCAUAUGCAGAUGGAAAUCGUUUAUUUCGUAUUUUUUCAUUUAAAAAUGAUCGUCAUGUUAUAACAACAUUGAUUAUUAUUGAUUCAUUUGAUGAUGAAAGACUAUAUGAAAAAUGGACACAUUUUGUUGAAUCUUAUAUACAUGGUAAUGAAGAUGAUCAUGAUGAAGCAAUAACAGGAUUUAUAUGA